AUGUUGAAACUUCAAAUUGCCAAUGACCAGGAUCGCAAGGAAGCACAGAACAGGGAAAGAAGGAGGCAAUGCGAGCUGGAGCGGAGGUCCAGGAUCUUCAACGCACGGAAUAGGAAAAUUGGUGUGGAUCUUCCGUUCCUGGAGAGGCAAGUGGUGGAGAAAAGAGCGGAGAUAGAUGAGCAGCAGAGGAGAGAGUUGGCCUUCGCCCGCCAGAUGAUUAAGGACAGCAACCUGGCUGUGGUCCUUGAGGCCAGGGAGAGAGAGGAACGCAGACGCAUCAAUAUGGAGAUAGACAACUUCCGUCAGAUGUACCAGCGGCCUGAAGAUAGGCGCGAGUACGACCUCAACGACCCUGACGUGCUGAAGAAACAGCUGCCACCGCGAGCAUCGGACGGGGACCCAGUCGGUUUGUCAAGCGCGCAGAAAUUUGAAGGUGAAGAUCUGGCGUACGAAGAGCGGAGGAAACUGAUGGCGGCGCAGAAGAACUCGUGGCUGGAGCAGCAGGUCCAGGAACGGAAGUCUGCUGAAGAAGAGAGGAAGAAGGCCGAAGCUGCUUAUAUGAUGGCCAUCAAAGCCCGGGACGCCCGGGCCAGUGAGCUAGAUCAGAUGGAGCGCGAUUGUCGCUACCGACUCGGGCAGGCCAAUCUGCGCUACAACGAGGCAUUGGCAGCAGAGAAGAAGCAGCUGGAGCAGCUGAUGAAGGAGCAGGAGGAGGCCGACAACACGGCGGAGAUGUACAACCACCUCACUUCUGACAUGCUGACUGAGAACCCAGACGUCGCCAAGAGUGCACUUGGCAAAAACAGGGCGAUCGGCUUCAUGUACAAGGGCAUGAACGAAGAGGAGCUCAAGAAGUUCUACGCCGCCCAGAAGGAACAAAUGGCAGCGGCAAAGGCAAAGCGCGAGGAACAAGACAAAAUGGAAGCCGAGUGGCAGGCGCUAGCCAAGUCUAUACAAAGGGAGGUGGCCCGAUUGGACAUACAGGACCAGAGGAAGAGAAGGGAGAUCGCUCGCCAACUCCUGGAAGAGAACCAAGUGCUCGCACUGCAGCAGAAGGAGAAGGAGAAAUACUACCGGGAAGUUGUGUACAACAACAACCCCACCGACGAAUAUUACGACCAGUUCAACACCACCACGCGAUAG